GUAGCGGCGGAGCAGGAAGAUAUAAAGACACAGACACAGAGACAGUGUCCAGAAAAGGCGCUGUCUCUCUCCAACCCCAGCUGAGCCUGAGAGGACGGACACACACUGACUGUCUCCGCUGCCUCUUUACUCCAGCAGCUGAUCGAUGAGUGCAGCAAUGCCCGAGAAACAUGUCUCACAAAGAAGAUAGUGAAGGGAAAAGGUGCUCUCACCCCACUGGAUUGUACGCCAGCAUCCCCCGAACAUGUCUGCCCAUUGUGUACCACCCAGACUACAACAUCACUUUCAUGGGCCUUGAAAAGCUCCAUCCAUUUGAUUCAGGGAAGUGGGGAAAAGUUAUCCGCUUCUUGAAAGAGGAGAAGUUCCUUACUGAUGGGAACGUCGUGGAAGCCCUUGAAGCUACUGAGGAGGAUCUGCUGGUGGUUCACACCAAAUCGUACCUCAACAGAUUAAAGUGGUCAGCGGUGGUGGCAACGAUCACAGAAAUCCCACCUCUCAUGUGUCUGCCAAAUUUUCUGGUGCAGCGGAGGGUGUUGAGGCCUUUGCGGACACAGACAGGAGGGACAAUAAUGGCGGGGAAAUUGGCUGUUGACCGAGGGUGGGCCAUAAAUGUUGGAGGAGGCUUCCACCACUGCUCCAGUGAGAAGGGAGGGGGCUUUUGUGCCUACGCCGACAUCACACUGGCCAUCAAGUUUCUGUUUGAGAGAGUGGAAGGCAUCUCCAGGGCGACCAUCAUCGAUCUGGAUGCUCAUCAGGGAAAUGGGCACGAACGGGACUUCAUGGAUGACAGCCGAGUGUUCAUCAUGGAUGUGUAUAAUCGCAACAUAUAUCCCGGGGAUGGAUUUGCUAAAAGAGCUAUAAAAAGGAAGGUGGAGCUGGACUGGGGCACUGAAGACUCGGAGUACCUUCGGAAAGUAGAGCUCCACUCUGAGGGAACUUUGAAUGAGGUCCGACCUGACAUCAUCAUAUAUAAUGCAGGGACAGACAUCUUGGAUGGGGACCCCCUUGGAGGACUCUCCAUAUCACCACAGGGCAUUGUAAAGAGAGAUGAGAUAGUGUUCCGAGCUGCAAGGCGACGAGGAAUCCCCAUACUCAUGGUCACAUCUGGCGGAUACCAGAAAAAAACCGCCCGCAUCAUCGCCGACUCCAUUCUUAACCUGCACCAGCAGGGUUUGAUUGGAGCAGAGGCUCUGGAGGGGGAGGGCUCGUCACUGCAGGUGACCAGUAUGCUGUCCCACUCACGACAUGCAGGGUCAACAUCCAACGCUGUCUAAGGCCUGCGGUAUACUCGCUGUUUAACCAUGCGUAGGAAAGCGGCUGCACCGGGAACGGAAUUGCUCACAUAUUAGGAUAGGAACUAAACAUGUUAGUGGAGGACUCCAGCAGAGGGCGCACCACAGAACUCGGUCUGAAGACUGUAGAGUGCUCCGCAAAAAUGUCUCACACUGUUCGUUCUGCCACUUCCAGAUUUUUGUGAUGUGAUAUAUGCAUAAACAAAGAUGGUAACACUGACUAACGAUUGCUAAUGUUAAGACAGCAAAAGAUACAACCGUGCAUUCCUAGGUGGUAUGUUGAAAAUGGCGAGCUUACAUCUGUCAUGAUGCCAAUGUAGCUCCGCCAUUUCUGUCACUGACCCAUAUGUGGCGCUUAAAUGUCUGAGGACAAAGCAGCUCACUAUGCGUAGCUAACAGCAAAUAUACCGCAGG